ACUAGGGACCUUGUUGAUCUUGAGGCAAUACUUUCCACGCCACCUCAACAUCUAUUUCUCCAAAUACUUUGAAAAAUUUAUCACUCUCAUCUAUCCAUACCUAGAGAUCAGCUUCCCUGAAUACGUCGGUCUACGGCUAAAACGCAGCGAUGCGUAUACUGCCAUUGAGUCGUCCCUCUCAAGCUCCACCUCUGAGCAUGCAAAACGUCUCAAAGCGGAGAUGGGCCAUGGCAGCGACAAGCUCAUACUCAGCAUGGAUGAUAACGAAGAGAUCACUGAUGAGUUCCAUGGUGUCAAGGUCUGGUGGUUUUCGAGCAAGAUCACAAGACAUAACAUUUCCUUCUACCGGCUUGUGGAUGAAGAUAAAAGGUAUUAUCGUUUGAGGUUUCAUCGGAGACAUCGAGCACUAAUCAAUGAAGCUUAUCUUCUUUUUGUUAUCCAACAAGGGAAGGCCAUUGGUGUGGAGAAUAGGCAGAGAAAGCUCUACACUAACAGUUCAAGCUUUGACUACAAUGAGCUCAAGAAGUUGGAUUGGAGUCAUGUCCCGUUUGAGCAUCCAGCCACCUUUGAAACCCUAGCUAUAGACUCUCAGAUGAAGAGUGAGAUAGUGAAAGACUUGGUGAAGUUUAGCAAGAGCAAGGAGUACUAUGCCAAGAUUGGGAAGCCAUGGAAGAGAGGUUACUUGCUUUAUGGUCCUCCAGGGACUGGUAAGUCCACUAUGAUUGCUGCCAUGGCUAACUUGCUGGAUUAUGAUGUUUUUGAUCUUGAGCUUACUGGAGUGAAGGACAACAGUAUGUUGAGGAAGCUCUUGUUGAAUACAACCGGCAAGUCAAUAAUUGUCAUCGAGGAUAUUGAUUGUUCUUUGGAUUUAUCAGGGAAACGAAAACCUGGGGGAAACCAGAACGAGAACAAGGAAGAGGAAGAAAAGAAGGCCGCCAUGGGUGGUCCUCCUGGUAAGGAUGAGAGUAAGGUUACUUUAUCAGGGUUGCUUAACUGUAUUGAUGGAUUAUGGUCUGCAUGUGGUGGAGAGAAGGUGAUUGUUUUCACUACCAACCAUAUUGAGAAGCUUGAUCCUGCAUUGAUAAGGAGGGGAAGGAUGGAUAAGCAUAUUGAAUUGGGAUACUGUGAAUAUGAAGGGUUUAAAGUGCUGGCUAAGAAUAUCUUGGAGUGGAAUCUCAUCAUUUGUUUGAGGUUAUUCAUGAGUUGUUGGAGGAGAAGAAUAUCAGCCCUGCUGAUGUGGCUGAGAGUUUGAUGCCAAAGGAGGAGGGUAAGGAUCAAGUUGAUGUUUGCUUGGAAAAACUUGUUAAUGUUCUGAAA